AUGGCUGCACCUCGAGAUCCGCCCAAACCGCAGAUCGACCGUCAAAAGACCACACCUUUCCACCUGAAGCUCUUCUACCGCGUGAACUCCUUCCACCCACUAUCCGACUUUGCCAUUCCCUCAUCGCCAUCUUCCUACAAUGGGCCGACCAGCGGUCCUAACGCGAUUCGAGCUCGCUCCCCUCCCCCAGCGCGACUCCCCCCGCACCUGGAGAUCUACACUUGGCAGUCCUGCACGUUACGAGAAUUAACCCAGCUCCUCACCUCGGCCUUACCUUCCCUCCUGCCUGAUCCCGCCGUCGGGACUCGCAUAUGCUUCCGCUUGAUCUACCCAGACACCAAGAGUGCCGCGACAAUGGGCGGCGACGCGCGAGGACGAUACCUGAGCAAGGACAUGGGGAGUGUGGUCGUUGGACCAAAGGACAGUCCCUACCGGGCGGAGAAUGACGAGGAGAAUGCGAACAGUACUGCGACGGGGCCCCGUGCGCUGCGGCUGCAGGGUAAUGACGCGGACAAGACGCUGCAGGAUUUUCGUUUCGUGAUUGGGGACUACGUGGAUUGCGCGAUCCUGCCACCGCUUGAGGACGGCUCUGUUGCUCCGCCACUUAUUACGGGGCGCGGACCGGUGAGCGGGCCCGUUGGAGGAGGCAUGAGGGCGUUCCGUGAUCCAGGGUUUGGACGGCCUGGUCGUGGGAGGGGGGAUCGUGGGAUACCAUCUGGGGAUUGGAGGCGUGGGGAGAGGUUACCAGAUGGAGGAGGGCGCAAUUAUGGUGGAGGACCUGGGAGAAGGGGGUGGGCCCCGUACUAG